AUGGCUUCCGACCACAGCAAAAAGCGGAAACUUAAGGACGCCAAUGGCGUCAAGUCGUCCGACAAGCAUGUCGACGGCGUCCGACACAAGAAGGCCAAGAAGUCGAAGCCCGUCGAGGAAGUUGUCGAGGAAGUCCCCGAGCAAGAGGUAGCGGAGAACCAGUCGAACGACAAUGACGAGUCUGAUGAGGUCGCUGACGAGGUUGAAAACGCCAACGACGAAUCCGACAACGAUGACGAUGAGGCCGAAGGUGAAGACCUGGCUGAGGCCAACCCUGACGACGAGAAAGAUCUCUCCCUCCCAAUCGAGACUGGCACCAAUGCCCAGUCGUUCGCCGAGCUGAACCUGUCUGAGAAGACCAUGAACGCCAUCAAGGAUAUGGGAUUUGAGACAAUGACUGAGAUCCAGAGGAGAGGUAUCCCGCCCCUUCUCGCUGGCAAGGAUGUACUCGGUGCGGCCAAGACUGGAUCCGGCAAAACCCUCGCCUUCUUGAUUCCCGCCGUUGAGAUGCUCCGAUCGCUCAAGUUCAAGCCGAGAAACGGCACUGGUGUUAUCGUUGUCUCCCCAACGAGAGAGCUGGCUCUUCAGAUCUGGAGUGUCGCCAAGGAUCUCAUGAAGUACCACACGCAGACCCACGGUAUCGUCAUCGGAGGAGCAAACAGGCGAGCGGAGGCGGACAAGCUCUCAAAGGGUGUCAACCUCCUGAUUGCCACUCCCGGUCGACUUCUCGACCACCUGCAAAACACACCAUUUGUCUUUAAGAACCUGCGAUCUCUCAUCAUCGACGAAGCCGACCGAAUUCUCGAGAUUGGUUUCGAGGAUGAGAUGAGGCAGAUUAUCAAGAUCCUGCCCAAGGACGAGCGACAGACCAUGCUAUUCUCUGCAACACAGACGACCAAGGUCGAGGAUCUGGCCAGGAUAUCUCUGCGCCCCGGCCCGCUCUACGUCAACGUCGAUGAAGAGAAGAAGUUUAGCACUGUGGAGGGCCUGGAGCAGGGCUAUGUCAUCUGCGAAGCCGAUAAGCGGUUCCUGCUGCUGUUCUCCUUCCUCAAGAAGAUGCAGAAGAAGAAGGUCAUUGUCUUCUUCAGCAGCUGCAACUCGGUCAAGUACUAUGCCGAGCUGCUCAACUACAUUGAUCUGCAGGUUCUCGAUCUUCAUGGCAAGCAAAAGCAGCAGAAGCGGACAAACACCUUUUUCGAGUUCUGCAAUGCCGAGCAGGGCACCCUGAUUUGCACUGACGUUGCUGCCCGUGGUCUCGAUAUCCCCUCGGUAGACUGGAUCGUCCAGUUCGACCCCCCAGACGACCCGCGCGACUACAUCCACCGCGUGGGCCGCACAGCCCGCGGCUCCAACACAAAGGGCCGCUCGCUCAUGUUCCUGCUGCCCUCCGAGGUCGGCUUUCUGACCUACCUGAAGCAGGCGCGCGUGCCCGUCGUCGAGUUCGACUUCCCCGCGAAAAAGGUCAUCAACGUGCAGUCGCAGCUCGAGAAGCUCAUCGGCCAGAACUACUACCUCCACCAGUCGGCCAAGGACGGGUACCGCUCCUACCUGCACGCCUACGCGAGCCACAGCCUGCGCAGCGUCUUCGACAUCCACAAGCUCGACCUGGCCAAGGUGGCCAAGAGCUUCGGGUUCGCGACCCCGCCGCGCGUCGACAUCACGCUCGCGGCGAGCAUGAGCAGGGACAAGAAGACGCAGGGCCGGAGGGCGUACGGGAGCCAGCCUCGGCAGGGAGGGGGUGGUGGUGGCGGUGGCAAGUUUAGGAAGUGA